UUUUGAGUGAACUAUAUGUGUAUGUUUUGUGUAAUUUUACAAGCUCCGAGUGGGUCUGAGUAAAUAUUUUUGUCAUGUCCCCAUUAAAUAUUUAAUAAGAAAUUUUUGUUUAUAAUGUUUUCUUUGGAAUAUUGUUUGAUUACAGAACCACUUUAUAGUUUUUAAUCAGUGGUAAACCAACAGCACAAACCUGAGCAGGUAAGAGCGGUGAUGUUUUGUCAGGUUGUUCUCGCUCUGAAACGUUACUGUUUGAUGGUUAAUAAAUGAACUUUAGCCCUCUCUUUCCAUUCAGCAUUAUUCCAGCAGUACUCAUUGUUUAGGUCAUUGUGUAAGUAAUCAUGUGUUUAUGAAGCUUCAUCAGAGCAGCUGUCUGGGGUUCAGUACUGGAUAAAGAUCCAAGAAACACCAACAAACGUGCAGUUGGAUUUCAAAUGUUGGGAAACAAAACACUGACCCAAUAGAGCCCAAUGACUGCUCUUGUGGGUUUUGUUGGCGUUUGUGCAUUGGCCCUUAUAGAGACAUAUCCAUUAAGUUAUGGGUGUUGGUUGCUGUUGCUGUUGUCCUACGGCCAUUUAACCUUGUGGAUUAUCAGACCUCUCUGACCCCAAUCUGCCUGUAACUCCAUUCCUCCAAAUUGCAGCACCUCGCUGUAAUCUCUCAUCUGUGCUUAAUCUGAGCACAUGGGGGGCAUAUAAGAGAGGCACUCAUGUCCCGCAGAGCAGAUCUCACUCUCAGUCACUUUCUACUGAAGAGAAGGUUCACUCUCAUCUAUCGGCUUUCUCCAUUGUGACCCUUGACCAGUAAAACAAAUAUGAAUGGAACGGAAGGUCCAAACUUCUACGUGCCCAUGUCCAACAAGACGGGUUUGGUGCGGAGCCCGUUUGAGGAGCCACAGUACUACCUGGCAGAGCCGUGGAAGUACUCGCUCCUGGCGGCGUACAUGCUCUUCCUCAUCAUCACUUCAUUCCCCGUCAACUCCCUCACGCUCUACGUCACCGUGCAGCACAAGAAGCUGCGCACGCCGCUCAACUACAUCCUGCUCAAUCUGGCCGUGGCCGACCUGUUCAUGGUGGUGGGCGGCUUCACCGUCACCCUCUACACCGCCCUGCACGGCUACUUCGUCCUGGGGGUCACCGGCUGCAACAUCGAGGGCUUCUUCGCCACUCUGGGUGGUGAGAUCGCGCUGUGGUCUCUGGUGGUUUUGGCUGUCGAGCGUUAUAUUGUGGUGUGUAAGCCAAUGACAUCAUUUCGAUUCGGAGAGAAGCACGCCAUCGUGGGAGUGGGCUUCACCUGGGUCAUGGCCCUCACCUGCUGUGUGCCGCCUCUGCUGGGCUGGUCCAGGUAUAUUCCAGAGGGAAUGCAGUGCUCCUGUGGAAUAGAUUACUACACUCCCAAACCUGAGAUCAACAACACCUCGUUUGUCAUCUACAUGUUCAUCAUGCACUUCUCCAUCCCUCUGCUCAUCAUCUUCUUCUGCUACAGUCGCCUUCUCUGCACUGUCCGUGCGGCCGCUGCUCAGCAGCAGGAAUCAGAGACGACCCAGAGGGCCGAACGGGAAGUGACACGUAUGGUGGUUGUCAUGGUGAUCUCGUUCUUAGUGUGCUGGGUGCCAUAUGCCAGCGUGGCCUGGUACAUCUUUGCUAAUCAGGGGGCGGAGUUUGGUCCUGUAGUCAUGACGAUACCUGCUUUCUUUGCUAAGAGUGCAGCGCUUUACAACCCUGUCAUCUACAUCAUACUCAACAGACAGUUCAGGAACUGCAUGCUCACUACGGUCUGCUGUGGAAAGAACCCGUUUGGUGAGGAGGAGACCAGCAUGACGGCCUCCAGUAAGACUCAGUCCUCGGUGGUCUCGUCCAGUCAGGUGGCUCCCGCCUGACCGACAGCUGGACAAAUCCACCCAGCAGCCUUCUUCAGGCCAAAUAUGUCACUCCACAUCUACUCGGCUUCCGCUCAUCCAGCCAACAACUACAUCUACUACUUCACUCAUUUCUGCCCUUGAAUCUUAUGUUUUGUAAAAACUGGCCAACCAGAUCUCUAUAGUUAUAGUGUAUAAUGUUUGUACUGCAUGUGAUUGUGUAUUUACAUGGAAGAUACUUGGUGUUUAGUAACUUGAUGGCAUCUCUGUGGAUUUAUCUCAACAGCUGCUCCAUUGGUUCUUCCUGAUACUCCAGCUGUUAGAUGAAUAUUUAGCUGUAGUCAGUUAUUAUUUUGUAAAGUUCUUAUUUUCAAAAGAUAACCAUUUGUAGGCUUAUGUUCUGAGACUGUGAUGUUUCUUUAUAAAGUUUGAU